AUGCAUCUUCUCCCACGUGAGGAGGCCAAGCUUCUCCUGCACCAGGCUGGCACCCUAGCUCAAAAACGCCUCGCACGCGGCGUGCGACUUAACGUCGCUGAAGCCAUCGCCCUCAUCUCGUCGGUGCUACAAGAGCGCAUCCGUGAUGGGCAACACUCUGUGUCGGAGCUCAUGAACCAUGGGAGGACCUUGUUGGGCAGAAGGCACGUCCUGCCUGGAGUUGAAACUCUGGUGAAGGAAGUGCAGGUCGAGGGAACGUUCGAAGAUGGCGUGUUCCUGGUGACUGUACACACCCCCAUCUGCACCGACUCGGGCGACCUCGCUGCCGCGCUCUACGGGUCCUUCUUCCCUGUCCCCACUGUUGCGGACCAGGAAGCCAUGUUCCCGCUGCACGACCUCGCAGAGUACGCAUCGGAGAAGGUGCCCGGCGCGGUAGUCGUGAAAAAGGACGUGCCGAUCGUUAUUAACAAGGGCAGACAGAGGGUCAGGCUGAGGGUGGGGAAUACGGGAGACCGACCGGUUCAGAUCGGCUCGCACUACCACUUCAUUGAGACCAACCCCGCGCUCCAGUUCGACCGCACCCGGGCCUAUGGCAUGCGACUCGACAUCCCCGCAGGUACCGCCGUGCGUUUCGAGCCAGGCGACGUCAAGACCGUCACACUCGUCGCCAUCUCCGGGUCGCGCGUAAUCUCUGGCGGGAACGGGCUCGCUUUUGGGCCCGUUGGUUUUGGACCUCUCGGCUCUGGUCAGGGCGCUCUUCUCGCGAGCGACGACCCGAUGGCGAUGGCGACUGGCGACUUGACGGCUAUAGCGGAGUUCACCAAGAAGCGAGACACGAUUGUGCGGGAGCUGGUGACGAAGGAGUUUGGACACGUCCCGGAGCCGGGCGCGUUGGAGGUGCAGGAGGACACGGAGGUUGGGAGGGAGGCGUACGUCGCGAUGUUUGGCCCCACCACGGGCGAUCGGGUGAGGCUUGGGGACACCGCUCUGUGGAUUGAAGUUGAACAUGAUGAGACGGUUUAUGGCGAUGAAGCCAAGUUCGGUGGAGGCAAAUCCAUUCGCGAGGGUAUGGGCCAAGCGACGAACCGCUCGUCGGCGGAGACACUUGACCUCGUCAUCACCAACGUGCUUAUCGUCGAUUGGUCUGGCAUAUACAAGGCAGACAUCGGCGUCAAAAACGGAGUUAUUGCAGGAAUUGGAAAAGCAGGCAACCCCGACGUCAUGGCGAACGUACACCCAGCGCUCGUGGUCGGCUCGUCAACGGAGGUCAUAGCAGGAGAAAAAUUAAUCGUCACGGCUGGCGCGGUCGACGCGCAUGUUCAUUAUAUCUGUCCUCAGCAGGUCGGCGAGGCGUUGGCUGCUGGAACGACUACGAUGAUCGGCGGCGGCACCGGUCCCUCCGCCGGCACAAACGCGACGACCUGUACCUCCUCGCCCUUCUACAUGAGACACAUGCUCGCUGCGACCGACUCGCUGCCUAUGAACUUUGCUUUCACCGGCAAGGGCAAUGACUCGGGGAUCAACGCUAUGGAAGACAUCAUCCGCGCGGGCGCUGCUGGCCUGAAGCUGCACGAGGACUGGGGUAGCACUCCUCAGGCGAUCAGGACAUGUCUCGGUGUGGGCGACAAGUGGGACGUGCAAGUGAAUAUACACACGGAUACGUUGAAUGAGAGUGGGUUCGUGGAGAGCACGAUAGCGGCGUUCGAAGGGAAGACGAUUCAUACAUACCAUACUGAGGGUGCAGGUGGUGGGCAUGCGCCGGACAUCAUCGUCGUUUGCGGCCUGCCCAACGUUCUGCCUUCGUCGACGAACCCGACGCGUCCAUUCACGAACAACACGCUCGACGAGCACCUCGACAUGCUCAUGGUGUGCCACCACCUCGACCGCUCCAUCCCAGAAGACCUUGCCUUCGCCGAAUCGCGUAUCCGUGCCGAGACCGUGGCCGCCGAAGAUGUGCUGCACGACACUGGCGCCAUCUCAAUGAUCUCGUCGGACUCGCAGGCUAUGGGACGCGUCGGCGAGGUCGUCUCGCGUACCUGGCGCACCGCGAGCAAGAUGCGCGAGUUCAGGGGCCCGUUGGAGGAGCUCGGUGAUGUGGCAGGUGUUGACGGCGUGAUGGGUGGUGUUGGGAGGGAUAAUGGACGGGUGAAGCGGUAUGUGGCGAAGUACACUAUUAACCCGGCCAUUACUCAUGGGAUAUCUCAUCUCGUCGGGCAUGUUGCGGUGGGCACCAUUGCCGACCUCGUACUAUGGAGACCGGAGAACUUUGGUGCAAAGCCCGAGAUGGUACUUAAGUCGGGCGUCAUUGCGUGGGCUCAGAUGGGCGACGCGAACGCCUCCAUCCCGACCGUCCAGCCGUCGUACUCCAAGCCAAUGUGGGGCGCCCACCCCGGCUCCGCGGCGCUUAACUCCGUUGCAUUCGUAUCUCAGCUCUCUAUCACCUCUGGGACUAUCGCGUCGUAUGGUCUCUCCAAGCGUUUCGAGGCAGUUAAAGGCUGUAGGAACCUUGGCAAGAAGGAUAUGAAGUGGAAUGACAAGACGCCGAAGAUGGAAGUUGACCCCGAGAGUUAUGACGUGCGGGCGGACGGUGUCCUCAUGGAUGUGCCGCCAGCGGCGAAGUUGCCACUCGGGAGGGCGUACAACUUAUUCUAA